AUGUCAAAACGAAAACUAGCAGAGACAGGAAUGCACCCCAACAACCCCUACUUCGACAACCCACCCAACUUUGUCGCCCUCGCACAACUCUACCCUUCUCUCGCACCCUUUGUGACAGUAAAGAAGAAUUCAAAGUCGUCGAAAGGGAGCUCUGGCGCAGAGACAAAAGGGAUAAUCAACUUCCAAGACCCGUCCGCCCUGCGAGAAUUGACUUACUGUCUCCUCAAGAAGGACUUUUCAAUCGACCUAGAUAUCCCUCUCGACUCGCUGUGUCCACCUAUCCCCAAUCGCCUCAACUACGUCUGCUGGAUCGAGGACCUCCUCGACAACGAAUCCACCAAAGAGAUCCAUGGCAUCGACAUUGGCACGGGUGCAUCUUACAUCGACGAUCGUUCCAUAUCGUUCGCCGAGUCCAACAUCAAAAGAAACCAUCUCGACAAUGCCAUCAAGAUCAUCAAGAACAGCUCAACAGACACCUUUCCCGCCAUCCUGUUCAAAGAUCCCGAACAGAGAUAUGAUUUUUGCAUGUGCAACCCUCCAUUCUACAAGGACGAGCAAGAUAUUCAAGACAGUCUCGAGGGCAAAGAGGGUCAGCCAUCAGCAGUCUGCAAGGGUACCACUAACGAGAUGAUUACUACUGGAGGAGAGACCCAGUUUGUCAAGCAAAUGGUGACUGAGAGUAUCGUCCACGGUCAGCGGAUACGCACCGAGGCUAUACUCGAUGGGCUUUUGAUCCAGCAUCGUUCAGGCACUACUGGUUCGGAGACAGAGUCAACGACAGUACGAAUGCUUCAUUGCAUGGCUGAGAGAAAUACGUGGUCGCGAGCUGCUCGUAGAGCUCUCGCUAGAGUAAGCGCCAGCAAGGAUGGAGACAAAACGGGAUCCAAAACGGCAAAGGAGGUGACAGACAGUGUGUUGGCACUGGUGGUCCUCGAGUUUGAUAUUCGGGUCACUUUGGCUCCCCCGCCUACUACUCCAGAGGUUCAAUCGCCCAGUACUUCCCAGUGUGCUGCAACACCAGCUCAGGAUUCGCAUACAAUCGAGUUCACCUGGACAGUGGGCGAGGAUCGUGAUCUGUUCGAGUCGUGCUUCUUGCACUUUCGCAACAAGUUCCAGAAGGAGCAUCAUGCCUAG